AUGUCCCAAAGUUUGGGUCAACACAUGUAUUUGAACCGAAAGGUGAUCCUCAAGACAGUCAAGUCUUCACACAUCGGUUCCCUUAAAUGCAUCGAUCCGUUGACCCAAACCAUCGCUCUGGUGGUCGCCGGCGACACCACCUCUGCAUCCGAUGCCGGCGACGGAUCCAACAAAUCAAAGCUCAUUUUGGCAAUGAGUCACGCCAUCAGAUCCAUUGAGUUGUGUUCGGCCAUCGAUGGCGUGAUUCGGGCCAUCGCUAGUCUCGAAGACAAUGACGUGACAAACGCUGGCUUAGGAUCUAAUCUGAAUCUUAACGGUUGCGUUGAAUGUGACGCCAGUCUAAUGGAUGGCCAGUCACUGAAUUGGGGAGCCGUCGGCGCUCUUCACGGCAUUAAGAAUCCGAUCAAAGCGGCCGAAUGUGUGCUCACGGGUCAGACCAGACAACAGCCGUGUGGUCUCAUUGCACCCAACUUUCUGGUGGGAGAGGGGGCCAGAAGUUACGCUCUCAACAAUGGUUGUGUGGCUUCAGAACUAUUAACUGAGCGAUCGCAACAAUCGUAUAAUAAAUACAAACGACUUCUUGAUAGUGAAACGAGUGAUGAGUCUUUGAACGCCAAACAUAAACGUCUGGACACAGUGGGCGCCAUAUGUGUGGACUGGGCCGGCAAUGUGGCCGCCGGUGCCUCUAGUGGUGGCAUUCAUCUGAAGCCUUCGGGACGAAUAGGACAGGCAUCAAUGAUGGGAUGCGGUGUUUGGGCGCAGAAUUGCAUUGCCGUCACGACCACCGGUACGGGAGAAUACUUGACCAAAACUAUGUUCGCUAAAGAAUGUGCCAAUCAUUUGCUUAACACAAACUCACCGUUACUUCAAGGCAUAGCGAGAGAGAACAGACUCGGAGGAGUGUUAGCCCUCUAUCACGACAAGGAAUCGACACACACUGAGCUAUUGUGGGGUCACAGCACUCACUCCAUGUGUAUCGGAUAUAUGGGCUCUCACUCUAAACCCAAAGCAUUCAUAUCUCAAUUGCCGACUGAAUCUAAACCCGGACUUGAUUUUAAAGUCGAAGCAAUCAAUGAUUAGUUAAUUACAAAUAUUUUAAUAAACUAUUUAUUUAAUGAUUUUGUUUAUAAUAAAGAAGUUA